ACAAAAAUGGGACCUCAUAAAAGUUCAAUAUAUAUCAUUGUGGUGUCAUGGAUUCUUGGUUUGCUUCGGGUAGCAAUCAACAUCUACUUCUUAAGCACCAGCUUUGUCAGUUGGCUCAUUGAUAGCAGCCUACCAGCAGUUGCUAACGUUCUCAUCAGCAUCAUUGUUUUCCCUCUCAUGGCAGUGUACAUUCUUGCUGUGAUCUACUUAACCUUCAGGAAGGAGACUGAAGUAACAUUCGUCGACCCAUUGAAUUCUUCACAUGUUAACAUAGAGAGUGGUGGUUCAUUUCAAGUUGAUGGAAUGAGUAGAUUUGAAGUUGCACCCGUCAGAGAGGAUCAUGCAGAUAUUCCCCUCCCUGAUUAG